AUGGCGCUGGUGGCGGCCCCGGCUCAGUACACCGGCGCGCCGCUGUGGCAUCAGCGGCGCGUGUGGGGCCGGGUGAUUCAGCAUCCGACUGAGUUGCCGUGGUCUGCGCUUCGUGUCGUGAUCUCGACGCCGGACGGGGACGUAUACGAGGAGCUGUAUGAUUUGUUGGACGGCACGUUGACGGCGGUGAGGUUCGAGGACGAUCGGCGGACGAGGCUGCCCGGGCUCGAUGCGGGCAGCCCUUCCCGCGUCCGCCGCGCACUCACGGUGGCCGAGGAGGGCGCGAUCAGGACGGAGCUGGAGGCCUACGCGCGGGACGCCUACCUGGCCUGUGAGCAGGCGGCUGGGCGACCCAUGGUGGCGCCGCCGGCGGGGUUCUUCGAGCACUUCUCGUUCGGUGCUGCUGCAGCUGGGGGCCCUGGGGCGGGCGCAGGUCCACCACCGCUGCCCGCGCCUGUGGCGGCGCCUGUGGCGGCCGCCCUAGCCGCGCCCGCAGCGCUGGCGCCUCCUGCCGCACUCGCGCCCGGCGCACCGCUCGUGGAAGCUCGGGUGGCCGCUCCCCUUCUUGGAGGCGUGGUGGCCGCCGCUCUCCUCGGACCUGCUGAGGUGCCUGGGCCCGGUGGGCAGUGGCCGUGCGUGGAGUCGACCACCACGGCGCAGCGCGGGGACCUGGUGACGAUGGAUGGCUCGGAGGUGGUACGCGGCGACAUCGGCCUGAAGCAGGCUCCUAACGGCAGCUGGACCACUCUCUGGCGCCUGCGCUUCCUGGAUCGCAAGCGCGGUGGCGCGAUCGAGCACUUCCACCAGUUCGUGUCGUACUAUCGGCUCCCUCGAGAUGACUUCGGCAUCUCGCAUUAUGAGUCGAUCAUGCGAAUGGUGGACAACCUCGUGACUGGGGACCUCCUCGACUUGCCGAGCGCGGUCGGGGUCGAGGUCAUGAUGAGGCAGGCGCAGUUGUACGAGUACAUAUACGCGAUGGGGCACGAGGCCGAGGCCAAGAGCAAAGGCAAGGCUCCCGACGGGGGCGGCCUCCAGAAGUUCGGUUUCGUGGACGAGGCGAGGGUCUUCACUGGGGCCGCCCGCGAGGACGGGCGCAUGAUGGUCGCGCCGGCGCUGCCGGAACACGUGGCCAAACAAGUGGAGCGCGAUGCUGGAAUCCUUAAGCACAUCAGUGAGGCGAUGGCGGUGAUCCUGGAGGCGGUCGACGCUUUCGGAAUGCCCCCGCCCGACCUCACUUCCGCGGGGGCCCUCGAGGAGCUCCGCGUCGCGCAAUCGCGCGACCAGGAGUCCGCCGUGAUUGCGCCGGUGACUUUCGACCGCGUCGACCUGAUCUCCCUGCCGAGCGCGGGCUCCAAGCCGUUGCCCCUGUCCGCGCUCGUCGGGGGCGACGGCGCGAGGAGAACCUUCGGAUGGGGCUACUGUUCGGGCGAGGAGAUGGUGAGGAUCGUCUCGCAUUUCACGUCUAGGGUACUUAUUCGGCGCGAACUGCUCUCCUUUCUCGGGGCCGUGUACAAGUUCGGGGAGACGUGCAAGGGUCGCGUCGCUCGACUCUGGCCCGUCGCACGUCGUGAACUUCGCUGGGCCCGUGCGUUCCUCGUGUUCUGCAACAGGAACCUCGGGCUCCCGAUCGACGCCACCCUCGCUUGCAUCGGCGCGUCGUCUCAGGGCUUCGGGGCCGCUCAGAAGGAAGACUCCGCGGAGGCGGUGAAGCGCCUGGCCAUGCACAGCGAGCGCUGGAGGUUCUCUCGGGGCGCUGAACAGCAAGAGCUCGGGCCCCGAGCGGCCGCGGUCUCUAGCGGUGGCGCUGGCGGGUCUGCUGCAGGCCUGGUCGAGGACUUCGAGGAGCUCCCCGUGGAGAUCUGGAUGGGGCGAUUGGCACCCAGUGCAAUCAGUGCCCUGGAGGCGCCCGGCCCCGCAGGUCGCUGCUUGCCGCUGGCGUCGGGCUCCUCGCCGCGCUGGAGACGGCCGCCGUCCGAGUUUAACUCGGCCGACCCGGCCUCCCGCAACCGCCCCUGCGCGCGGCCUGAGGCUUGGUUUGCUCCGGCGGCCCUCGACCCCGCGAGCGUCUACAGCCGCCCCGCCGGGAGUCUUGCGGCGGAGGCCGGCCGCCUCGACCUCGGCGCGCCGCGCGCGGAGCCGUUCGACGCCCGGCUGUCCUGCGAGCCGGCCUGGGCGGCGGGCCGACUUGGGCCGGGGCGAUCAAGCGACGCGUCGCUGCGCCCGCCGCCAGGCGACGCCGCGCGCCGGGACUGCCAAGUCCGAGUGGCGAGGUUCGAGCGGCCAGUGACCUUAUUCAACGAGGUGUUUCUGGAGGGCCAUCCGAGCCAGGAGGCUGUCAAGUACAUGGCCGCCAUCGCGCGCUUCUGGUCGACGCUGGGGCGACUGCAGGUGGCCCUGCCGCGCGCGGCGCGUGCUGCCCAGGGUUGGGCGCGGCUGGUCCCGCCUCGCUCGAGGCCCCCGAUCCCCUGGCCUAUCGCCUGUCUGAUGAUCGACUGGAUGCUAAACUCAGGCGAGCUGGCGGCGGCCGCGGCGACGGCGGCGCGCAUCGCGCUGCGCCUGCGCCCUGCGGAGCUGCUCGGGCUUCUGCGUGACCGGGCGAUCCCGCCAGCGGUGGGCGCGCAGCCAGGGCAGGCCUUCAUCUCGUGCUGGUCGGUGGUGCUGCAUCCGAUGGAGUGCCUCCAGCCCUCGAAGACUGGGGUCUACGACGAGGGCCUCCUGGUGGACAGCCCGCUGCACGCGCUGCUGCCGCCGCUGCUGCAGGCGCUUCGGGCCCGCGCAGCACCGCGAGGCCGCCUGGUGCCGUCGAGCUACAAUCAGUGGGCGCUGGCGUUCAGACGGGCCGCGACGGCCCCCCACCUGGGCGCGCUGGGCCCCCCCGCCCUCUGCGCGCUUCGGCGCGGGGGGGCUUCGCGCGAGCGCGUGGCGAAGACGAGAAGCCUCGGCGAGGUCAAGAAAAGAUACCGCUGGGUCUCAGAGUCGCCCCUGAGGCGCUACGCCAAGGGCGGCAGGGUCGCGGGGCAGAUGCGACGGCUGCCCCCUCAGAGCAGCGCCGCGCCGCCAGCCUGGCCGGCAGCGCUGGCGGGCGCCUCUCGAGCAAGCCUCACUGGCAUCCUGGGCAUCUUGCAGGCCACGGUGCACAACCUGGCGGUGGUGCAGUGCGACCCCGCAGCCAUGGCGUCCCUGCACAGGGCGCGGGCGCCCAUCCGCGCGGCCACCAUCGCGUCGGGCGCCAGGGCCAGCCUCCGGCCAGGCGAGUGCGUCAACUUCGUGGGCUUCGACAACCAGUGCAACCCCUUCUGCGCCAGGGUGACCGUGGCGGCGGUGUACCUCCCGAGCGGGCGCGACGAGUUCCCUCUUUGGGAUGCCCCGCGAUUUCGCGAGCACAACCUGGAGAUAGUGGUGCUGGCCGACACGCCCGAGGACGCCCGCGGCGGCGUGCUCUGCGACAGCAGGGGCCAGGUGCGGGCCCUCUUCGCCGCGUUCGACUGGCAGGGCCCGAACCACGAGGAGACGACGGAGGCGUUCGGGAUCUCCGCCAGCGUGUUCGCGCCCCUCCUGGCCGCGCUCAAGCAGCGGCCCGACGAGCCCCCCAUGGUGCCGUCGCUCGACGUGGAGGUGAAUGCGCUUGACGUGGCCACCCUGGCGCGGGGCACGUCCGGCGCGCUCCCCGGCUCCUGGCUGCGAGCCGUGCAGCGGCAGUGCAGCGGCCGCGGCACGGUCCCGCGCGCCAUCCGCGUCAGCCGGGUGCUGCCCACGGGGGUCGCCAAGGGCCUGCUGCGCCCCGGGGACGUGCUGCUGAGGGUGGGCGGGCGGCACGUGGGCAGCAGCCAGGAGCUGGAGGCCGCGCUGCGGGGCGAGGGCCCCGCGGGGGCGCGGCGCGCAAGGCCGCGCGCGAGCGCCCGCGCGGGCGCCGCGAGGAAGCGGCCCGCGGGUGCGACCGCCGCCCCGGCUGGGGCACUGACGGUGGCCGUGUUCCGAGAGGGGGCCGAGGUGGAGGUGGAGGUCACGCCGGCCCUGCUCGGGUCGGCGAUCGACCCGCGCCUGGUCAUUUGGGCGGGGCUGGUGCUGCGGCGGACGCCGCGGUGCGUCCUGGAGCGCUGCGGCGACAGCGUGGCCAGCGCGGCGGGCGGCGUCUUCGUGCAGAACAUCCUCGGGGGGUCCCCCGCGGACGCCCGGGACAUGAUACCCUGGUCCUUCGUGUUUCGUACCAGGGCGCUCGUCUGGGUUCGGCGCGCCCGGCAGGACCUCGGGGACGUCCUCCGGGCAGUGGCGGCGCCGGCCGCAGGCGGCCGAGGGCCUUUGGAGCGCAGCUGGGUGCGCCUGCGUCUGCUCGACCUCUACGGCAACGAGCACGUCCGGGCCAUCUGCGUCGACCCGCUCUUCUUCCCGACCCUCGACCUUCGGCAGGCGGACGACGGAGGCUGGGAGUGCGUGCAGUGCGCGUGA